AAGUAUAAAGAGGUAAAAACUUUUUAGCUACAUCACAUUACUGCUGGUUUUCACUAAAUUCUUUUUUUAUUUCUCCGUGAUUUUUAUUAUUUUCUAUCUUCUAAAAUGUUUAACUUAUCUCCUCAAAUUUUAAAAAUGAUGAAAUUCAUAGUUAUAGCCAGUGUGUUAGUUCACCAGACUUAUGCAAAAAGUGGAUGUAGUAAUUAUGGGCAUUCCUGUUUCGGAGGUAUGGGCAAAAGAUCGGAGUUGGCUAAUGAAAAUUACGAGACAGUUCAAGAGAAUAAUGUACAGGAAGUUGAAAAAGCUCCAGUAGGGUUUAUUGGAUCUAGGAUACCUUUGAGUUCAGAGUAUCCAAAAAGGUUUUAUAAAUUCAAUAAACUAACUUCAGAACAGUAUGACGAGAUGAACAAAAUCUUAAAAGAAAUGAUGGCUAAUAAUAUAAGACGAGAGGAAGAAAUUGAGAACUAAUCACUUCUUCAACAUUAUUUAUUAAAAACCUUGUAUUAUUCAAGUUAUAAUCGUAUAAAAAUAAAUAUGCAUGACACUUGUA